GCGCGAAUACAUUCGCACGUUGUAUGUACCUACCGACGUGAACGCACACAGGCGGCGAACCGCGAAGCAAGACAAGGAAAAGCAGACGGUUGAAUCGGAUUGGGGCGCAAGCAAGCAAACUGGUUUGGUUUUGUAGGGCUUGCACCAUUGCACCGCUCUCUCGGCGACAGUCCAAUUUAUGCAUUACGCGGCUAUGUAGGCACUCUACGAUAUCAAAACUACGCUGUGCCCCGGAACAUAAUAUCAUUGCAAUAUUGCAACACCAAAGUGCCUACGCGAAAUUAUAAAACACUGGUGAAAUCAAAUUUAAUAUCGGUCAGACUUUGAUAUUGUGAUUCUAUGCAAUUUCUACGCGGAUCUACUGAAACUAAAAACAAUAAUUAAAUAAAAAUUAUCGCACGUCAAGGCAGUGGCUAAAUUUGUAAACCAUAUUAUAAUACUUAUCACCUAUAAUAAAUCGGAAGUGUUCUCGUUAUAAUAUAAUUCCAACACACCUCUAAUAACUAUGAGCGUUAAAUGUAUGAGUUUUGAAUAAUAUUAAUAUACUUGAUCAGUGUGUUUGCAUCCGAAAUUGUUUCUUUUCGCAAAAUUAUAUUUCCAUCAGAAGAGCUAUGGCAGAGGGGAAUGGGGAAUUAAAAAUGGAGGAAAAGCAACCAAAGGACGAAAUGGAAUACGUCGAGAGAACGGAGGAUUACGCGAAACUCGUACAGUACGGACUCGACGAGAAGGUUGCAGGAAAGCUGGACGAAAUUUAUAAAACUGGAAAAUUGGCUCACGUAGACCUUGAUGAAAGAGCUCUGGAUGCCCUGAAAGAAUUUCCUGUUGACGGUGCAUUGAAUGUUCUCACUCAAUUUCUCGAGUCCAAUCUGGAGCACGUUUCGAACAAGUCCGCUUACUUAUGUGGUGUCAUGAAAACUUAUAGACAAAAGAGUCGCGCUGGCCAAGGAGCUGGGGCUAGCACAACUCCAAAAGCGCCCGAUGAGGACAAGAUCAAGAUGAUAUUAGAGAGGACUGGGUAUUCCUUAGAUGUUACAACGGGUCAAAGAAAGUACGGUGGCCCUCCCCCAGGUUGGGAGGGCCCCACGCCAGGGAAUGGUUGCGAGGUGUUUUGUGGAAAAAUUCCGAAAGAUAUGUACGAGGAUGAAUUAAUUCCGUUGUUCGAGAAAUGUGGCAUGAUUUGGGAUUUGAGACUGAUGAUGGAUCCCAUGACUGGUUCCAACAGGGGAUAUGCAUUUAUCACGUUCACUAACAGGGAGGCUGCUCAACAGGCAGUAAGAGAGCUCGAUAAUCACGAAAUAAAACCCGGCAAGAGUCUGAAAGUAAACAUUAGUGUUCCUAAUCUACGACUUUUCGUGGGGAACAUACCAAAGUCAAAAGGCAAAGAGGAGAUCUCGGACGAAUUUGGUAAAUUAGCAGCUGGCCUGACAGAGGUGAUUAUCUACAGCUCACCGGAUGACAAGAAGAAGAACAGGGGAUUCUGCUUUCUGGAGUAUGAGUCUCACAAAUCGGCCUCUCUUGCUAAGAGGAGAUUAGGCACUGGUCGUAUCAAGGUCUGGGGUUGUGACAUCAUAGUCGAUUGGGCUGAUCCUCAAGAAGAACCUGAUGAGCAAACCAUGUCUAAAGUACGAGUGCUAUAUGUGAGAAAUCUAACACAAGAUUGCUCAGAAGAAAAAUUGAAGGAAUCUUUUGAGCAAUUUGGAAAAAUUGAGAGGGUGAAAAAAAUCAAGGAUUAUGCUUUUAUACAUUUUGAAGAUAGGGAUAACGCUGUUAAGGCAAUGCGCGAGUUAAAUGGAAAAGAAAUGGGCGGUUCCUACAUAGAAGUUUCGCUUGCAAAACCACCGUCGGACAAAAAGAAAAAAGAAGAAAUCCUUCGAAAUAGAGAACGCAGAAUGCUGCAGAUGAUGCAAGUUCGUGGCGGAGGUUCCCCAUCUCAUACAAGCAUGAUGGGAGGUCCCAUGCAAGUUCGAGGCCCAGGUGGUCAAGGACUUCGAGGUGCCGGUGCUGGUAUACGUGGAGCCAUGGGCCGUGGCGAUUAUGCUGUCAAGGAAAUAGAUUAUGAUUACGACUAUUACGGUUAUGGGGAUUAUCGAGGUGGCUACAGUGAUCCAUAUUACGAUGACUAUUAUCGAUACGAAGAUUACUAUUUCGAUUACGCGCCGCCUCCGCCACCUGCCAGAGGGAGGGGCAGGCAGCCUCAACCGGCUGGUGGGCGUGGCGUAAUGCCACGUGGCAGGGUCGGUGGCUCCCAGGCCCGUGGCCCGGUCAGGGGGGGGCGCAACCCCGCAACCUCAGGGACCCGUGGGGCUCAGCGGCCAGCCGCUCGUGGGGGGGUCCGCGCCAAGGGAAGUUUACCAGGUGAGGAUGCAGGUAAGCGAAAAUUUGACGGGGGUCACCAGAACCAGGGGGAAUGUAAACGUCGCUUCCAGAGCAGCUGGGGAAACCAGCCCCUCGCCCAACAGCCAUUGGGGAAUUCGUACAGAUUGGCGAGUGUGAAUGGUGGUGGCGGCGGCGGUGGCACUGGGUUUGGUGACAGGGGUACCACUGUUGGAGGUGCCUCCAACGAUGAUCAUCAAUGGUAUCAAGAUUCUUAUCAAUCCUGGAGCUAACUUCUACCAGUCUGUGAGUGAAUAAGCUAAUAAGAACGCAACCCAUCCGUACUAUUAUAUUAUUACCAACCAAGAAUUGUAAAUGUAAUGAAACAACCAGCCGUCAAUGGCCACUGUGCUCAGCGCCACCACCAUUGUCCGUCGUUGUGAUUUUUAAGUACAGUGAUGUGCCACUGA